GCCGCAUCUGGGCAGUCUGCGCGGAGCUGACCCAAGGGUCCUGCGAAUGGCCUCCCCGCCCGCGGGCCGGGUUUCGCGCCUCUACGGCUCCUGCUUCCGCUUCGCGGUCACCGGCCCCGCGGGCUCUUGUGAGGACUAGCGGCCUUCCCCGCAGCCGCCAUCUUGAGGGGCAGCUCCAGCUUCUUCUUCCUCAAACCCUGCCCCGGAGCGGCGAGUCUGACAGCCUGGCCAGAGUCUCCCAGCCUCUCAGUCAGUCACACACAGGGCACAGCCAGUGACGUGGUCACACCACUCUACUCCCGUAGUGUUCAGUCAUUGACAGUGGCCCUCACACACUGGACACGAUCAUUCACACCGACACCCCACAGUGUCACGUAGUCAAGUUUCAGCUACUUGAGUGAGUGGCAUUCCGCACAGAGUCACACACACAUGGGUUAAAGCCACUCGUCCAGUGUCACUCUACGGUGUCUCAUACAACCCCUGUCACAAGUACAAUAGAUACUCAUCACCCACUCUGUACCAGGCACUUGGGAUGCUGUUCCUGUCUUCAAUGGGAUAUGGAAACAAACACCGCUUCCCUGUGACCCCCAACACUGUCUCCUGCUUCAAGCUACGGGGGGAUGUGACCUGUGACGAUGAGAAUGUUAGUGCUGCUGCUGCUACUGCCCCUGAGGCAGGCUGCUCCCAAGGACGGCACCGCAAGGCUGGACCCUGAAGUGCAGCAGCCACCUCUACGCAACCCCUUCCAGCCAGGCCAGGAGCAACUUCAACUUCUGCAGAACUACCUAAAGGGACUAGAGAGGAUGGAAGAGGAGCCGGAGCACAUGAGCCGGGAGCAGGUUCUCCUCUACCUCUUUGCUCUCCACGACUAUGACCAGAGCGGCCAGCUGGAUGGCCUGGAGCUGUUGUCCAUGUUGGCAGCAACUCUGGCCCCUGGAGCUUCUGCUUCUGACUGUCCCACCACCAACCCGGUGAUCCUGGUAGUGGAUGAGGUGCUGGAGACCCAGGACCUGAAUGGGGAUGGGCUCAUGACCCCUGCAGAGCUCGUCAACUUUCCCGGAGAGGCCCCGAGGCACACAGAUCUCAAAGAGCCCCCAGAGCCACAGGAUGUUGGGAGGCAGCCUCUGGGGGCUAAAAGCCCAUCAAGACAAGAAGCACAUGAAGCCCCAGGUCCCAGAGAAGAAGCUGGGGGACAGGUGGAGGCCAGAAGGGAGUCCUUGGAACCUGUACAGGAGGCUGGGGGACAGGCAGAGGCUGCAAGAGAAGCCCCUGGCCCUGGAGGGGAGGUUGGGGGACAGGUAGAAGCCAGGGACACUGGAGAGAGAGCAGAAGAGCUUCCAAGGGAAACACUGGAGUCUAAGAAAACCCCAAGUGAGCUUGAGGUCCAUGCUAUUCAGCUGGAGAAUGAUGAGAUAUAAACCUUGAGGAUACAGGAUUGCAUCCCUAGGAGUCUCAGUGCCAGAACGUUAAGCCCCAAAGGGUAGGGUGUGUACGUUAGGACAGCAACCACCUCUGUGCCCCCUUCCUGGCCCCAGUAGGCGGUAGGUCUUUCUGUGCAGCUCAGAGAGACCCUACGUUGAAGGGCGGCUUUAGGGCCCAGAAAACCAAUAAAGAACCAAAUGCACCCAUCCCUCUGGGCCAUCGAUCCACUGGUCCAGCCUGCCCUGACCUCAGGCUGCAGGGGGUCGGGACUGGGCAGUCCUCUUGGGAGGGCAGGAAUUCAGUUUACCCAGUGUUCCCAGAUGGUGCUGAGACACAGCAGAGUACAGCACUAGGCCACAGCCAGCUGCAGACAAGCCGGGGAAGGGAGCUCAGCCUUUCCCUGGGGCCUAACCACUAGAACGCCCUCCUGCAGUUCAGGGUAGAUCUUCUCCAUCAUCCUGUAUCUGCUCCCCACCCCUGAAAAUAUUAAUAAUGACCAUUUAUUGAGAACCUAGUACACACUGGCCAUCAUGCUGGGCGUUUUACAUAUUGUGAUUUUAUCCUCACAAUAAUUCUAUGACCAGGCAGAAUUAGCACCAUUUGACAGAUGAGGAAAUUGGGGAAGAUGGAGUUCAGUAACGUACUCAUGAUCCCAGAGCUAAUUAAGUGGCAGAUUUGAAUUCAGGCCUGUCUGAGCCUAAAGCCCAUACCUUUUAUCACAUUCUACGGCCUCACCCCUCCUGCCCCAACUCCCAUGUGGAAAUUCGCCAAUUCCCAUAUGUCCUCAGACCAGGUCUCCCCCAGGGAGAGCAAUGCUUUGUAUUCUGGGUCACAUU